AUGCAGUCACUUUUGCUUAUCGUCGGCACGCUGCUCGCCUGCCAUGCGAUCUAUCUCUUCAUCCGGAGGCGCAUGCGCGCGAGGAACCUGCCCCCAAAGUAUUGGACCUUCGACCCGUUCAUGAACUUCGACUGGAUUUUCUCGACAGCUCUCAACGCGAAGAAACAGCUUGACCUCUUCGAGAAAUAUGGCGAUACUUAUCGGCUGCCCAGAGUGAUGAAUCCUAUGUCCGCCAUCGUAACAUGCAAUCCCAGCAACGUGCGUACGAUCAUGGCAGGAAAAGACUGGGGCAUUGAGUUCCGCCAGGCAGGUAUGGGGCAGAUGCUCGGGAGUGGAUUCAUCUGCAACGACGGGGACGAAUGGAUGAGAAGCAGGAAGAUGUUGAGACCAGCGUUCAACAGGCCGAACAUUGACAACUUCGACGUGUUGGAAGGAGUCGCGGACAAUAUCAUCGCAACGAUCGAAGCUGCGAACGGGAAGCUCAUGCACUCGUCUAUGCAUUUCAUCCUUGGAAUCGAUUCGACUGAGAAGAACGAUGGCAGACCUAUGGAUGUGCAAAUGUUCAAUAAACUCUGGCAAGAGGGCCUUCUCGGAAUGGGCAUUCGACUCUUGCUAGGAGAGACCUUUUCUAAAUUGUUUCUUCCCCAAGCACGGUACCGGCAUGUGUGUAAUCAGCUUCACAGCUUCAUCGACUUUGCAAUUUAUAAAUGCAAGACAGAAAACUCAGACCCGACAAAGAAGACGAAGACCAUGGCCGAAAUUGUAGCACCCCAAGCUAAAGAUCGAGCCGAUGCCCGUAGCCAACUCGCACAGACAAUGCUAGCGUCGCAAGACACGACUGGCGUGCUGAUAUGUAACACUAUUCACCUCUUGAGUACCCAUCCAGAAGUAUGGGCUCAGCUUCGCAAAGAGGUUUCCUCCGCAAACCCUGAAUUCCUUACGUGGGACGGUCUCCGCUCAAACACCACAAUUCAAAACAUACUCUCGGAAACACUGCGCCUACGACCUGUGUUCCCGCAAAUCGGCCGCGCCGCGAUCCGCGACACGUUCCUUCCCUCUGGCGGCGGCCCUGACCAUGAUAAACCGCUCCCCGUACCCGCUGGGACCUUCGCAAUAUCAAAUACGUGGGGCUUGCAUGUUUCAAAAGAGAUCUAUGGAUCUGAUGCGAACGAGUGGAGGCCAGGGAGAUGGAAUAACUUCAAGCCUGGUAAUCAGGAGUUCGUGCCUUUUGGGGCUGGACCCAGGGCUUGUCUGGGAAAGGAAAAGGCGUUGGUUGAGGCAGCAUACCUACUUGCUAGGCUGGUAAGGAGGUUUGAGAGCUUGGAGGACCGGACACCAGAGUGGAAGCCUGAUGCGAGUUUCUCCAUGAAGAACAGAAAAGGCUAUGAGAUCACCUUCAACAUAUAG